UUCAGAAAUUUGUUUCCCGAUUAUUUGCGAUAAGGUGUAAUCGAGGUCAGCUAUAUAUGAAUGCAUGUUGGAGCAGUAACUACAGAAAGCUGAUCGAUUUUAUUACGUUAAGAGAUCUAGCUAGCUAACAAUUAGGAUGCAUCAAAUGCUGAUCGGACCAGUUGGCCAAUUCCAUUAAAACAAGCAGAGGCAAAAAAGAAGGGUUGAAAAUUUUACAGGAAAUGAAGGUAUUUAACAAACAUGCUUGUUUGAAAAUAUCCAUUCUUUUUAUCGUCACUGUUGUAUUGCUGAUAUCAAUUGGUCAGAAAAUGUCUGCUCCCUACGAUGACGUUGUGCUUAAAAACCAAAUAGAGCAUAUGUUACAGAGAGAAAAACCACAUUCGGUCAAGGAAGAUUUCAAAAUAACAGAAGAUAUACACUGCAUAAGAACAGUCGAGCAAUUUAGAAAUAGAGAUGGGAAUUUUAUUGUUCCACCAGAUAACAUUUUGGAAGUAUUACCGCCAAAUGUGGUUGAGUGUCUAUAUCACAGAAUAACCACAUCGAUUCAAGCCUUUUGUGCAAAACGAGGUCGACAUGGUACUAUGAAUAAUGGAUGGGAUGUUUGUGAAGAUGGAUGUUACAAACCAAAUCAAAAUACAAAUAUUUGGGUGAUAAGCACUGUGAAUGAUAAAAUGAAUGCUCAGAGUAUAGAUUUACAUUAUAAAGCCAAAGUUUAUAGACACAAACCAAGUAUGAAAUAUGGACAAUACGAAACAGCUAUCACACCAAACGAUAAGAGUGGACUUUUUGAUCAUUCAACACAAUUUGAUGUUUGGAGCGAUGAAGUUAAAAGAAGAUCGAAUAGCAGAGAUGUGUUCAUUCUGGAUGUCGGAAAUCUCACAGAGAAAAUAUUGAGUGAUGUGAUAAAAAAUAAACUACUCAACAAAAUGCAACAACUGUCGAUUCGCAUUAACUACGCAGAUGAUCAAACUGGAAUCAAAUACCUGUCAGCACUUAAACACUUGAGAUCACUAUUUCAAGCGGGAUUUAGGAUAUACUGGACAGAACCAGAAUGGUCAUGCAUUCUUCAAAACAAAAAGAGAACAAGAUGUGUAUAUUUAAAUAUGAUUUACCAUACAUGUAAAGAAUUAGAGGACACAGAAGGGAGAUCAAUUGGUAUAGACGAGAUAACCGCAUUGGUAGAUAAUAAUUACUUUGUCAUUCCUGAUGAUAGAAAACUUACAACCUUGAGCGAAAAUGAACUUAACGGUCUAUACAUAAGAUAUCUGACAUCAAUACAAACGCCUUGCAAGGAAGUAUUAAGAUUAGGUUUAAUAAGUGAUGGAGGAUGGAACGUAUGUCAUGAUAAACAAUACAGACCAUCUAACCCGUGUUUAGUGUAUUCAUUUGGGAUAUUCUGGGAUUUCAGUUUUGACGAUGCGGUGGCAGAAACGUAUGGCUGUGAAGUUCACUCGUUUGAUCCUAGUAUGAACACUACGGAUUUUCAUCGUGGAAAUUCCAUAUGGUUUCACAAGCUUGGUCUGUCUGAUCAGACAGGAAUAGAUGGAAAAAACAAAUGGAAAAUAUUGACUCUACAAGAUAUCCUUACAAAUCUGAGUCACACUUCGAAAACAUUGGAUAUUUUAAAAAUGGAUAUAGAGUCUAUGGAAUGGCAAUCUCUACUUAAUAUGAUAAAAACUGGUGCACUUAGAAAUAUAAGACAACUGUAUGUGGAAUUCCAUGGAUCAACUGCAUCAGUACAAAAACUUCAAACAUUAAGAAGUAUAUAUAAUGAAGGAUAUAGAAUUUAUUGGUACCACAGAAAUCCUGCUAAGAUCAAUAUAAGGAAAUGGAAAUUUGUGGAAAACACUAGUUGUUAUGAAAUAUAUUUCCUAAAAAUAUGACAGUACGAUUUAUUACAAUAUAAAAGAGAAAAAAAAUAUGUA